UUUAAGAUCACACUCACAAAUUUGGUGUCAGUGAAUGAGAGGCUGGUGUAUACACCUCAUCCAGACAACCCUGAAAAGACUGUGCUCACCCAGGAAGCCAUCAUCACGGUGAAGGGGAUUAGCCUUGGGAGCUACCUAGAAAGCCUAAUGGCCAACACAAUCUCCUCCAAUGCAAAGAAGGGGUGGGCUGCCAUUGAGUGGAUAAUCGAACAUUCUGAAAGCGCCAUAAGCUAACAGGUCUGCACCUGUGCCUUGUGACACAUGGGGUAACCACAGUAACUUCUUAAUCUGGUAUAGAGUUUUAGCAUUUUAUCAACUGUGUGCAUGGGUGCGAUGGUGAGGGGCCGCCUGUUUGUCAACUGUGUGCUGCUUAGUUAAGUCUAUCGGGGUGGAGAGCUCCGGUCUCGUUCGUUUCCUUGGCUCAUGCCAAGACUUCUUCCCAGGGCAUACUUGUGCUGACAUCACUGGAGUCUGAGGAAAGUGGUACAGCAUUUGCCACCACAGGGUGUCAGCAUCUGGCUGCUUGCAUGUUCCUCAGCCUUGUGCACAGCAGUUAAACAGCUUCCACAAGCAGGUUCAUGGUGUCAAAAGCAGAUUUGGCCUGAAAAUUUUCAUUUUGGUAAAAAUUUGUGGGUUUUGAAAAAAUAUAAUUUUUAUUGUACUUAGGGUGGACUCCAGGACCUCACACUUGCUGGGCCUGAGCAAACCUUCUACCAUUGAGCCAUGUACAUGUUCAUAAAAAAAUAGUUUGUGCAAAAAAUAUUUUCUUUUGGUACACUUGGCAUAAGCCAGUGCUCAGCCGCUGGUCAUGUCCUGUUAAUGGAAAAAGCCAUUUCUAGUAUCUCUGAACUUCACAGAUAUUCCCUGGUUUCCUCAGUCCCCAGGAAUGUGACAUUCCAUUGGCUGACGUUCAUCUCUGUUGUCACACUCCAGAAAGUGCUCCAUUUUCUUUUUUUUAAAAUUGGUUUUGAUUUAUUUGUUGUUAUUUUAUGUAUAUGAGUGUUUUGUCUACAUGCAUGUAAAUACAUCAGGUGUGCAA